AUGCACCUCAAACUUGGAAUCUUCUUUAUGCUCCUUUGUGCCUUAUGGGCUUGCGCGCUCUUUUCGACAUCCUACAAAUCCCAGUACUCGUCAUCUCGCUAUAAAGUAGGGCAUAGUCGUGAUGUGAAUCAAACACUUGGAUUUGAAAAGAUCUUUGUCAUCAAUCUGCCAUUCCGAACUGAUCGAAGAGAUGCAUUGGAACUGAUGGCAGCGGCCACAGACAUGAAGCUUGACUUUUCAAGGGCUGUGAAAGGAGAAGAAGUCGAAGAAGUAGCCCUGGUAUAUGGACGUUCGAAAAACGAAGCAAGUAAUGGCACACGCGGAAGCUGGAGAAGCCACCUCAAUGUUAUCAGGACCGUUGUUGAAGAUCGUCUUUCAACCGCACUGAUUAUGGAAGAUGACAUAGAUUGGGACGUGCGUUUGCAAGAGCAAAUGUCACGUUUAUGGAGCAACCUUGGUCAGAAACGGCUACAAAGUUGGGAGUAUGUAUUGCUAGAGUGGUUUCACAAGCGAACAUGGCUAACUCCCACGAGUGUUCUAUGGCUCGGCCACUACGGUGAAACCUUCGACCCUACCGACCCAGGAUUGACCACCUUUCAUGAUCCCACCCUUCCCGACUCCCUUACAGACUUCUAUUCAAGAAGCACGUCUCAAUUUCCGCCACAAAGCCGAGGAGUUCAUCGAAGCGACUUCCCACUAGGAACAUUUGCGUAUGCAGUCAGCUACCACGGAGCAAAGAAGAUCCUCUACCAAAUAGGGUUGAAGUCCACUGUUGCGCAGUACGAUAAUGCGUUGGCGCUGUCCUGUCAAACCGUCUUGAAUUGCAUUUCUUUGACACCGGGGCUUUUCCACGACUAUAAGGCAGCUGGGUCACCAGAGAAACAUUCUUCGAGUAGUCCGCAUUUGGAAAAAGAGACACCUCAUGAGCUUUUUAGCAAGGAAAGUAGGAGCUUGACACGUAGAGAACGAAUUCUAACGAAGAACCUUAGGACAUAGAGCUGUCUGUGCGUCAGUAUAUCGGCGAGGAGCUUGGGAAGCAAAACGAUCGCCCCAAACAGCCACUAUCUGAGUCGGAGAUAAGUUCGCGAUGGUUUGAAGCAGUACAA